UAUACAGAGCAACCAUGUUAAUCUACUUGCUAAGUUUUUCUUUCUGUGUGGUCAUUUCGGCUAUUCCAACUGGCCGAAUUGAUGUAGUGUAUCCGUCUGUAGAAACAUUAAGAUCUGGAAUAAAGAUAAUAAAAUUUCGAACUUUUGAUCGAGAUAUAGAACUGAAAUUGGAACCAGCAGGUGAAGUAAUAUCUGAUGACUUUGUUGUCGUAAGCGAUGAUCAAAAACAAAAACAGAUCAAUAUUGAAUUCUUAAAGAGAAAUCUCUAUAGAAAUAAAGAAAAAGGUGUAGCUUUGCAUAUUAACGAAGAAGGACCAUUAUCCAUUAACGGAAUUUUAAGCUCUGAUUUAAGAAUUAAGCCUUUAGAUACGGAAAACAUCGAUAAAUAUGGCAAUAGAGCUCAUCGUAUAAUAGAAGUGUUACAAGACCAACGAUCUCGUGUUAUAAGUAAAAUUGUUACUCCUGACGUAGAAAAUAAAACGUACAAUAGAAAAUUCUCCAGAAUUGCAGAAGAUAUUGAAUGUGUAGAAUUAAAAUACAUAUUCUUAACAGAGAACAAAUUUACAAAAGCCUUCGAAAAUGACACUGUAACAUUAGAAGAAUAUUUAUCAGUUACUUUGAUUCAGGUUCAAAAUUUCAUGGAUACGUUAGAUCUGAGAAUUAAAGUCAGUUUGGUUAAGGCAAUAAGUUUUACUGAAGAAACUGAACCGGAAUUCAUGAAAAAUAGUGCUAUUAAAAGUCAUGAAAACUAUAUCGAUCCUAAUAAAUUAAUUGGGGGUGCACGAGAUUACCUUUGCCAGUCGAGAGAAAACUUUAAUACUGAUGAAGCUGAUAUUAUUUUCGUUAUAUCUAAGUAA